AAAUUUUUUUUAUAACGUCUGUUUUCGAAAAAAAAAAGAGAGAAACAAAAAUUUGGCGUCGCAACCUACUUCGAUAUCGAAUAUCAGCCGCGCGAGUCGCGCAUUCUUUGGAAACAAAAAAUUUGUUUGCUCAUUAUUUUAAUAACGAUUUCGAUCGAUUGAAUCGCGAGAUCUCUCGCGCGCGCGGGGAACUCCGGGAACACGCAAAUUUGAUCAAUAAGCUGUAGCUUUCGAAACAUCGAGUUCUUUUUUAUCGUUGAAGUAAAAAAAGUGCCGAAUCCGCGCGAUCCACAUGCAGGGCUUGCAAAACCGCCCACGAAAACGUAAGCGCGUGUGUGAGCGAGUCUGUGUUGUGAUCUCUCUCGUCUCAUAAUACGCGCGAGAGAGCGCGAAAUGUGCCGUCGUCGUGCUGCGAAGGAUCAACAAGUAUAAUAGUCAGUCUACUGUAAGCAUAUAUAGCAUUAGAGAGAGGCGUGCGGCGGUGUAUGUGCGUUGUGCUCGCGGGUGCAGUAGUGUUUUUUGGCAUUAAUUAAAAGCUCGAUUCGCGUUUUACGAGUUUGUGUGCUGUGCGACUUUAUUAUUAGAAUCUCGCGGUUGCAACUCGAGAGAGCAAGAGAAUCGCGAUAAUACAUAAUGUACUGCUCGAGGAGAUAGCCCCCACAUUUCGUCGAAGAAAAAAUUGCAAAGAAAACAUAAAUUUUUAAUGAUUAUCGCUCUUUGUUAUGGCUUUUAGCUUUCUCAUAAGGAAAAAGUCGACGAAAUCGUUCCCCGUCAAAGUCAUCACUCUAGAUGCUGAAUUGGAAUUCAAUUUGGAGUGGCGGGCUACGGGACGAGAUCUGUUUGACUUGGUUUGUCGGACUAUCGGUCUCCGGGAAACAUGGUAUUUCGGCCUUCAGUACCAAGAUUCCAAAGGCUUCAUGUCAUGGCUAAAGUUAGACAAGAAAGUUCACGAUCAAGGAAUUCCUCAACAGAUUCCCACAACCUUCAACUUUCUUGUCAAGUUUUAUCCAGAAGAUGUAUCGGAGGAACUGGUGCAAGAAGUUACCCAGCAUCUUUUCUACCUCCAGGUUAAACAAGCCAUUUUACGAAUGGAUAUUUACUGUCCACCUGAAGCAUCUGUACUACUAGCAUCUUACGCUGUGCAGGCAAAGUAUGGUGACUACGAUGAAACCUCGUAUCAACCUGGUUUGCUCGCAAGCGAAGAUCUGUUGCCCCAAAGAGUCAUUGACCAAUACCAAAUGACUCCUGAAAUGUGGGAAGAUCGAAUUAAGAUCUGGUAUGCAGAUCAUAAGACAAUGUCCAGGGAUGAAGCAGAGAUGGAAUAUUUGAAAGUUGCACAAGACUUAGAUAUGUAUGGUGUUAAUUAUUUUGAUAUAAGUAAUAAAAAAGAAACUAAUCUUUGGCUGGGCGUGACAGCUUUGGGUUUAAAUAUCUAUGAAAAGGAAAAUAAAUUGGCACCAAAGACAACUUUUGCUUGGUCAGAGAUUAGGCAUAUAAGUUUUGAUGAUAAAAAAUUUAUCAUUAAACCAGUUGACAAAACGUCGCCAAAUUUUGUCUUCUUUUCACAGAAAGUGCGAAUGAAUAAACUGAUAUUAGAUCUGUGCAUUGGAAAUCAUGAUUUAUUCAUGCGAAGAAGGAAACCUGAUUCCAUGGAAGUGCAACAAAUGAAGGCACAAGCCAAAGAAGAAAGAUCAAGGCGUCAAAUAGAACGUAAUAAAUUGGCCAGAGAAAAACAGUUGAGAGAAGCUGCUGAGAGAGAAAAAGCCGCUAUGGAGCAAAGAUUAAUGCAGUACCAAGAAGAAAUUCGGCUUGCAAACGAGGCUCUUAGACGAUCUGAAGAAACGGCAGAUUUACUUGCUGAAAAAAGCCGAGUCGCAGAGGAAGAAGCUAUGCUUUUAAGUCAAAAAGCUAAUGAAGCUGAGCAGGAAAUUACGAGGAUAAGAUUGAACAAUAUGAAAACGGAAGAAGAAAAAGUUCACUUAGAACAAAAAACGAGAGAUGCUGUACGUCUUACGGAGAUGUUGGUGCAAGAAUCGGAAAAGAGAGCGAUAGAAGAAAAAAAAUUGAAGGAUGAACUUCUUAAAGCGCGAGUUGCUGAGAAGGAGGCUAAGGAAAAGCUGUUGGAAUUUUUAAGUAGAAACGCAUAUACUACGACAAUCACGCCGGUUCCAAAUCUUUUCCCUUCGACCCAAGUUCUUCCAUCCGACUUACAAGCCGAUUUACAAACGUUACAAUUGGACUCGGAGCAACUAUCUCCAGACGUAAAUUGUUAUGAUCUCAUUGCCGACGGGGAUGUUGAUCAGCUCUCAUUAGAAAUAGAAAAAGAACGUGUAGAUUAUUAUGAAAAAAGCAAACACUUGCAGGAACAGUUACGAGAUUUGAGAUCGGAAAUAGAGGUGCUUAAAGUUGGUGAAAAACAAUGUGAAUUGGAUCAACUGCAUGAGGAACAAGUUCGAUUAGGAGAAAAUAAGUAUAGUACUUUGAAGAAAGUAAAAUCGGGUUCUACAAAAGCUAGAGUAGCCUUUUUUGAAGAAUUGUAA